GCGGGGCGCGCGGGAAGAUGGCCGAGCCGGCGUCCAAGUCCGUGCUGUUCGUGUGCCUCGGUAACAUUUGUCGAUCACCUAUUGCGGAAGCAGUUUUCAGAAAACUUGUGAAUGAUCAAAAUGUUUCCAAUAACUGGGUCAUUGAUAGCUGCGCUGUUUCUGACUGGAACGUGGGCCGGUCCCCAGACUCCAGAGCUGUGAGCUGCCUGAGAGAUAAUGGCAUUACCACAGCCCAUAAAGCAAGACAGAUUACCAAGGAAGACUUUGCCACAUUUGACUAUAUACUAUGUAUGGAUGAGAGCAAUCUGAGAGAUUUGAAUAGAAAAAGCAAUCAAGUUAAAAACUGCAAAGCUAAAAUUGAGCUACUGGGGAGCUAUGACCCACAAAAGCAGGUCAUCAUUGAAGACCCCUAUUACGGGAAUGACUCUGACUUUGAGACUGUCUACCAGCAGUGUCUGAGAUGCUGCAAAGCCUUCCUGGAGAGGACUGGCUGACCUGCAGCCACUAGGACCAGUUCCACAACCUCCAUACCUCUUUCCACGUGGUCAAGACUGCAGUUUCCACCCUCGAGCCCCACAGCAUGUCUGCAGUGAUCUCAUCUUCAUAAUUGUAGGCAGAAACCAGCUACUGUGUUUGGCAGAAGAAUAAACCUGUUUGAUUCCG